AUGACACUCAUCAGUGUGUUCGUAACUUCCCCGGAUACCCAUUCGGAGAGAAGAUUCGAUACUUCUCUCACUAUAGGUCAACUCAAAGAUAAACUCGUACCCAUCACAGGGAUCUCGCCUCAAUACCAAGUCCUAUCGCUUUAUCCAACUUCAGACUCUGUACUUUCCGGUUCAUCAAAAGCCAUAGGUCAGUUAAGUGAAGAAAACAGGACUUUGGUUGAAUAUGGUGUCAAAGAAUGGCAAUGUAUCAAGGUAGAUAAUACAGAUCCAAAUUAUAGACCAGGGGAAUUCACGGAUGAAAGUAAUUUAGAGAGGUUCGAGUUGACGAAUGAAGAGUAUGAAUCUAGGAAUGAUACCGUCUUAUCCCAUUUAAAAGCCAAUAAACUCGGAAGAUUCGCACCGACGCCUACUAAUCUCACUUAUCCACCACCACCUCCAACGUCUUACGAUCCAAGUAUAAUACCCGGCGCGAGAUGCGAGGUUUCGCAUGGAAGUGCAGGAUCAGGUAGGAGAGGUACAGUGAGGUAUGUUGGAGAAGCGUCAAUAGGGAAAGGAGGAGUAUGGGUGGGAGUGGAAUUGGAUGAACCUCAGGGGAAAGGUGAUGGAGAGGUCGAAGGUAAACGAUAUUUCCAAUGUUCACCACUUCACGCGACGUUCAUACGUCCUGAUAAAGUGACUAUCGGCGAUUUCCCAGAAGAAGAUCUUAUGGCUUCUGAUGACGACGAAGAUGAGAUAUGA